CUUGAACAUUGCAAUUGCCAGCCCAUCAUCAAUUGUGCAUGCUGCUACUGUUGAACAGGAGCCGCGAGAGCUUGUAUGCUUUUGCAUUGUUUUAGCUCGGAAGUCUCCAUUUGAGCGGAUUCAGUAGUGCCAUGCUCCUCUCUCGACGAUACUAACACGGCGAUUGUAUGCAUACGCUAAAAUACCAGGCUGUAUUGGGGACAAGAAACCACUUUCAUCUCACUUUGCAGUUCGAGUGAUUUGCCAUUAUCGAUAGACUUCCAAAUCACUCUACCGUCACUUUCUUUUCUAAAGAUCUGUUGACUGUUCGUCUAAAUUUCACACGCCUGUCGCAAACCAUAAUGGCAGACAAACUCGAUGCUAGCCAUGGCCGUAGCGCACCAGCGUACUUACCAGCACACGAAUAUCACGCUGCGAUCCCACAGGUCCCUCAAACCUUUUUAGUCCCGCCAAUGGCGCUUGGUGACAAAAACCUGAAUCGUUUUAUCGUCGAGCCGCCAGAAGAACAUGGCUUUGACGUGGGUGAAUUCGUCGACUCGGGUUUCUUCAAUCAAGUUGAUCAGUCAUGGUUUUCUCACCGUGCAAAGCGUGAGACAUGGUUAUACGCCAUGCGUAGAGAGGCUCAGCAAAUCCUACCCUUUCUAUACCUCGGCCCAUCAUCUGUGUCAAAGGACCAAGAUUUUCUCAGAAGGGAAGGCAUAACUCUACUCCUGUCUAUUCGUGACAGGCGAUCAGCCAAUGUACGUCUGCUAUCAGGUGCCAAGGUUGCAGAAGAGCUCGGAAUACUGGCCGACUCGGUCGAUGUGGAGGGCGAGGCAGAACUUAUUGCCUCUUUCCCCAACGCCAUUCGUCGAAUCAAUAAACAUAUCACCUCUGGCGCCUCGGCUCAACAAGGCCUGCCGCCCAGAGUGCUCGUAUUUUGUGAAGCUGGGAAUGAGAGAUCUGCCAGUGUAGUUAUUGCUUACGUGAUGGCUAUGUUUAAUAUGACUAUGGCGAAUGCCAUGUGGACCGUGCAACAUCGAAGAUUCUGCAUCAAUGUUGACGAGUCAAUGCAAUCACUACUCCGCUCUUUCGAGACAAUCCUAGAAGCAAAAAGACAAGUUGCAGCAGCACGCCGCCAAGAGAGUCUUAUGGGGCAGUCACAACCACUGCCUCAGAGUAAAUUGUUGAAAAAGCGCAGUUUCAUUGAAUAUGACAAUGACCAGCAGCACUCGUCUGGACCAGGUGGUAAUCUUGGUAAUUACUCCACGGGUAUGAGCAACGCCGAAGACAGCCCUGAACAUUUGAAGCAAAAACCAGCGCCAUUCGUAGAUCGCGUUGUAUGAUGAAAGAAGAUGAGCAUAUGGGAACAUUGGAAAGAUUAUCAAGGCACUUUAGAUGAAAUGGGAUGGAGUUUUGCUGUACAACAGAGUUCACCAGGAGCCAAAUAGUUAGGCGUUAGGGAAUCAACAAUACCCAGAUUUAGAUGGAUUCAAAUCCAUUUUUCAAA